CAAAAAUCUAGUACAGUACUCUGCAGUUGAGUAAAUAAAAACCAAAGAAGCUUCAACUGAAAUACGGCCCACACCUCUAUUAACUGACGGAUCGCCGUCUGCUCACGUAAGUAAGCACCACACUCCAAUUAAACACCCUCUUUUUGUGGUUGCCAUGACCUGAUUUUUCAGCAUGAACUGCAGAGCUGAGUGGCAAGCGGAUCUUUAAAAAGAAAGUGCUGAAAUGCAUUCCGGAGCUCUUAAAAAUCCAUUCUUAAAAUUAAGUGAGUUAAUAUUAUUCAAAGAAGUUGUAUAAAAUGUAAACACCUUACCCCAAAUAAACACUUAAUACUCUUUGCAUUUGAGUAAAUGAAUUCCCCCGAGGGGGGGGUUCAGGCUAUAAUGGACGCCGUGGCACAAUUAGAAGCUAGGUUGGUCAUCCGCUCACAUGACUAAACGCAGUACCUCAAAUGAAUGCCUGUUUUUGUAGCUCUCACAUGACGCCGCCAUUAAAUGGUAAAAUGGUGUGAAUGGAAAAAGUGCUACGAAAUGAUAAAUAUACUCUAAACACCUGUACAAUAAAUAAAUGAUUUUGUUGGAUUGUAAAACUCUAUAAUCAACACCUUACCCCUCAUGAAGACCUGUUAUGGCUUCAGUUAUAACAGACACCAUGCACGAAUCAGUCGCCAGGCCUGUCAUUCACUCAUAUACAUAAACACAGCACUUCAAAUAAACGCCUUUUAUUCACGUCAUUUCAUUAACAAUGCAAAUAAUAAAUGCCUAACCUCUUAUUAACGCCUGAUACUCACCCUGCCGCAGCCUUACCGGCUUCAGCCUCAACAGACACUCGACUGUGUCGCGAUUCAAUGCCAACGUCCACUUGCAGAAAUAAAAACCACACCUCAAAUUAAAUACUUUUUUUUCUGUUUUUUUUUUAACCUAAAAGCUGUUUACAGUGGCAUUUAUAGCGUACGCUCUGCAAAGAACUGACCCGCAUUUACUAUCCAAAAUAAACAAUGAUUUGUGAAUGCAGGAGGAAAAAAAAAAUGAAACUAUAUUCUUUAAUACACUAAAUGUAACAAACACGUUACCUCUAAUGGAUACCCGGUACACACACUCACAAUAAAAAACAAAAAAAAAACGAAUGCAGCAAUGAUUUCUUUGUCCAUCAGAUGACAUCAAAACAAUCACUCUUCAUAAUGAUGCUUCCUUCUUUGGCCCAAAAUAAACAUUUGCCAAGUUCGUGCGUCCACUGGCAUAAUAAGACGGCUGGCUGUGAGGACAUGAAGCCAAUGAAGCGUCCUCAGGAAUGAGCUUCUUCUUAUUAAAGAAAGGCCAACUUUAUAUUUGUAAUGAAGAACACCACGCUGCUAAUUAGCCCGACUCCCUCACAACUCGCCAUCAUGGCAUGUGUUAAUAAGGCAGCGGCCUGCCACCACAAAGACAUACCUGCAUCGGAGCCGAGAGUCCUGGAGAUGAUCUACUCCACGAGAGUUAAUUAACGGCAGGGAGAUGAGCAAAACCAAUGGCUCUUAUGUCACGUUUGGCGCAUAUAAAAGUCAUGUGAAAGCAAGAGACGAUGACUCCCCGCCCGAACAACAGCCGCAAGAUGACGUGGUUCAACUCCAAACUCAAGAUGCUGCCUGGGUCAAACACAUCCAACAAGCAGAAGGUGUCAGUUGUGGUGCUGGCGCUGGUCUUGCUGUCCAACGAGACUCGUUGUGACCCUCUCAGCGCAUCCGGCGAGUGCUGCAGGCAGCCGUCGCGAGCGUGUCGCCUACACCUGUUCCUGUGUCGCUCGGGCGGGGUCAGCGGCGGGCCGGCCGAUCCCUCGGCCGGUAUCCUGACCUUGGGCAAGCGCAUGGAAGAUGAGGGCACCUUCAACAACCGCCUACACCAGCUCCUGUACGGGUCGCGGAGCCACGCCGCCGGUAUCCUCACCAUGGGCAGGAGGGCCCAGAACCUGUGGGGGGUGCCCUCGAACGCCACACCCUCACCUGUUUGAUGGGCUACAAGCAGAGGCGGACUUAGCUUUUGUGCCUGGGGCCAGCAGAUUUCCAGGGGCCUCUAAACAUCUCAUGAAACUGAUGAAUAAAGCUUUCUCCCAUUCAAGCAAUUAUUAUUGGUGUAGUCUCAAUUCACGCGGUUGAACUAGACUAAGUGUCAAGUUUGGGACUAAAUUCUAUAAACCUUUACAAGGAUAACAUAAAUACAAUUGGCCGAUACACGUAGGACUGAGAAAAUAAUAAAAGAAAAUACAUUUUAGACUAUCACAUAAAUUGUUGGAGGGGAUUAACAGUUUCUUUCCGGUAAUUCAUUUGUACCGUACCCU